GUAUUUAUAACCAUCUCUGCAGUUAAAUUGUUUUCGGAUUACCACAUUUGUUUCGCGGCUUUUUCAAAGAAUCGGCCCCAGUACGUCAUGUCCCUUAGCGGACUCCGUAGCCAGUGCAUAUGGAACCUCAGGGAUCAUGUUGAAGGUGACAGGUAGAACCAUGCCGGGAGCCUUUAGUUUCCUGCCGUUCACCGUGUUUGCGGCUGAUGGUGUCGGUAACGGAGAGAAAGAAGCCAUAUCUCCGGUAAACCUGGAGGAGCUGUCCCUGUACACCGCCCCUCCUCCGCCGCAGAAUAUCCGGCAUGCGGAGCCAGAAGCGGGUCAGCUGGAGGAGACUGUCGCCACCGUGACGAAGUUAGCUGAGCCGUACGCGGCUUGGUGUCAGGGAACUUACGCUAAAAUUCAACCCAAAGUUCAGAGGGUCGUCCAGUUCGGGAACGACACUUACGCCUACCUGCAGAACCCUCCCAAGGACUUCUACCCCAGGGCGGGAAUCAUCGGUUUGGCCGGAGUCAUUGGGCUUUUUCUGGCCAGAGGAUCGAGGAUUAAGAAAGUCAUCUACCCAGCGGGCUUAAUGACCCUGAGCGCCUCCCUGUACUACCCGGAGCAGGCUGCGGCCAUCGCCAAGUCCACCGGAGACUCCGUGUACGACGCCGCGGUGCAGAGCUACGCUGCUAUGGAGAAGAUCCUGAAGUCUCAAAGCAAAUAAAAAAAAAAAAAGUGACGAAAAGAAACGACUGAGUCCUCCAGUUUUAACCAAAACAAACCAAACAUCAAGCUUCAUUCCCUGAUCUUCCUGGAUGGAGCUUUGAAAUUUGACUUUGAUGCUCACUCUUUGCACUAUGCUUGACUUGUAACUCAGGAUUCCCAGCUUUAAAAUGUACCUCUGCUUCUGAUGUCAAUGUAUAUUUAUGUAGAAAAUACCUGCUUGGCUUAGAUUAAAAAUCAGGGUUUGACACA